GCGCAAAAUCAUUCGAAAACUUGCACGGUGAGCGACGCCGAAGAGGAGAAAGACAACGCAGCGAACAAAACACACAAUGGCGACGGCGGCGACAACGGCAGGCGGAACGGGCUCAGGCGGACCGGCCACCGGCCCGGUCGGCGGCGGAACGGCAGUGGGACGAAAGAAGGACGGUGGUCCUUCCACGAAAUUCUGGGAAAGUUCAGACACGAUUUCCCAGCUCGAGACUGUGCGGCAGUGGAUCGGAAAGCACUACAAGAAGUAUGUCCAGAAUGACUCCCCCUCCAGUAAAUCCUUGGCGGGCCUGGUGGUCCAACUGCUGCAAUUCCAGGAGGACGCAUUUGGACGCAGGGUCAACAAUCCUGCUCUUACCAAGCUACCUGCCAAGUGUUUCCUGGAUUUCAAGGCAGCAGGUGCUCUCUGUCACAUCUUGGGUUCGGUGUACAAGUUUAAGAGUGAGCAGGGGUGGCGUAGAUUUGACCUGCAGAACCCUUCCCGGAUGGACAGGAACGUUGAAAUGUUCUUAAAUGUAGAGAAGAACUUGGUCCAGAACAACUGCUUGACUCGACCCACUGUCUUCCUGUCGCCGGACAUUGAGCAGAAACAAGCCAGUAAGCUCAAAGACAUCAUCAAAAGGCACCAGGGCUCCAUUACUGAUGACAAGUCAAAGGCCACCCACCACAUCUACCCCUCUCCAUCCCAACAUGAAGAAGAGGAAUGGCUUCGCCCUGUCAUGAAGAAAGACAAGCAGGUGCUGGUUCACUGGGGUGUGUCCCCAGACAGCUAUGAUACCUGGGUGUCAGCCAACGAGGUGGAUGGGGAUGUGGAGGACCCCCCCAACACCGACCGACCAUGGAAGGUCCAUGCCAAGUGGGUUUUAGACACCGAUUCCUUUAAUGAGUGGAUGAAUGAAGAAGACUAUGAGGUAGACGAGAACAAGAAGCCAGUCAGCUUCCGCCAGAGGAUCUUCCCCAAGGAGGAGGAGUCUUCCCGUACACCCGAUCGCAAGGAGCGCAAGGCCAACUCUGCCAGCAAGAAGAGGAGGCGCUCGCCCUCGCCACCCAGCACUCCGGCCGAGUCCCGCAAGAAGGGAGGAAAAAAGGGGAACCCGGGUCCUCACUGGAAGCAGCGGCGGGGCCACAGAGGCGAAGAGGAAGACACAGAGGAGGACGUAACCAAGGACAUGGAUGACUCCUCAGCUGGUGCCAGCAUGGAGGAGGGCAGCAUGUCCAAAAAUGCUAAUUCAAAGAAAGACUGUGAGAGUACUCCAGUGAAAGGAGGGAAUGGGGCCGACUUGGAUGACAUGGAGGACGACUCUGUGCUGUCUGGUGGAAAGGAUGAUGAGGAACAGAGCAAAGCUGACAUCAACCGACUGAUGGACGCUAGCGAGGACAAUGUGACUGAACAGACUCACCACAUCAUAAUACCCAGCUACGGUGCUUGGUUUGACUACAACUGCAUCCAUGAGAUUGAGAGAAGAGCUUUGCCUGAAUUCUUCAAUGGAAAGAACAAGUCCAAAACUCCAGAGAUAUACCUGGCCUAUCGCAACUUCAUGAUUGACACUUAUCGGCUAAACCCUCAGGAGUACCUCACCUCCACCUCGUGUCGCAGGAACUUGACUGGGGAUGUCUGUGCCAUCAUGAGGGUUCAUGCAUUUUUGGAGCAAUGGGGUUUGGUAAACUACCAGGUUGACUCUGAGAGUCGCCCUUUGCCCAUGGGCCCCCCACCCACACCCCACUUCACCGUGCUUGCUGACACACCAUCUGGCCUCAUGCCCCUCAACCACAGACCCCCACCGAUUCCCCCUCAACCACCAAUGCCCAACUUCGCUGACAAAGGCAAAGACAAGGCCAUCGACCUGCAGAACUUUGGCCUUCGCAGCGACCUCUACAACAAGAAAAAUCUCAAGGGUAAAGCUGCCAACUCUACCAGGGAUUGGACCGAGCAGGAGACUCUACUGCUGCUGGAGGCCCUGGAGAUGUUCAAAGAUGACUGGAACAAAGUGUCUGAGCACAUCGGUUCACGCACCCAGGACGAGUGUAUCCUGCAUUUCUUGCGGCUGCCCAUUGAGGAUCCAUACAUGGAGAGCACCGAGGCCUCUCUGGGUCCUCUGGCCUACCAGCCUAUACCCUUCAGCCAGUCUGGAAACCCCGUCAUGAGCACAGUAGCCUUCCUGGCCUCUGUGGUCGAUCCCAGAGUGGCGUCUGCUGCUGCCAGGGCAGCCCUAGAGGAGUUCUCCCGCGUCCGUGAGGAGGUGCCGGCUGAGUUGGUGGAGGCUCACGUGAAGAAGGUGCAGGAAGCAGCCAGGAGCACAGGAAAGGUGGACCCCGCCUUUGGUCUGGAGAGCAGUGGCAUCGCUGGCACCGCCCCUGAGGAGCCAGAAAAGACCGAAACCCCAGAGGCAGAGAAGAUAGACACGGACACAGACUCCCAGCAGGCUGAUAAGGCGGAGUUAAAGGACGAGGCAGAGAAGCCCAGCGAGUCUGCGGAGAAGAGCGACAAGAUAGAGGCCACAGAAAAGGUGAAGAAGGAGGGAUCUGAGGCGUCGGAGCGCGAUGAGGAGAGUGAAGAGGGAGGGGAGGCCAAGACGGCUUCAGCAGACAAAGACAAAGACGAGGCUAUGGAGACAUCGUCCUCAGAACAGGAGAAGGAUAAGGAAGAGAAGGCAGCUACAGAGGAGGGAGAUGAGAAGAGGAAGAAACUGGAGCAUGACAUUGGAGAGGGGAACAUUGCCACCGCAGCUGCUGCUGCCUUGGCAUCUGCUGCCACCAAGGCCAAGCACUUGGCAGCCGUGGAGGAGAGGAAGAUCAAGUCCCUGGUGGCUCUGUUGGUGGAGACCCAGAUGAAGAAGUUGGAGAUCAAGCUGAGGCACUUUGAGGAGCUCGAGACCAUCAUGGACCGAGAGAAAGAGGCUUUGGAGCUUCAGCGACAGCAGCUGCUCACUGAGCGACAGGCGUUCCACAUGGAGCAGCUCAAAUAUGCCGAGAUGAAGGCGAGGCAGCAGAUGGAGCAGCAAGCCGCUGCCGCUGCCGCUGCUGCUCAGGCUCAAGGACAGGGGCAGGCUCCUGGAUCUGGACCCCACUCUGGGCCCCCUCCAUCAGGCAUGCACCCUGGAGGGCCACUGCCACACCACGGUGCGCCAGUGCCCUACCACGGAGGGCCACCACCUGGUGCUGCCAUGCACCCAGGCUACCCACCGAUGGGUCACCACCCCAUGGCCCCUCACCACCCAGGACAGACAGGACCAAUGGGACCGGGCCAGCCCAUACAGGGACGUAUGAUGCCCGGCCCACCCUCUGCCGCCCCCCCACCUGGUGGCAUGCCUCCUAUGAUGCCCCCACGUCACUCUGGAGCACCCAACGGCAUGUACCCUGGCCCACAACCUGCACAGCCUGAAGCGGUACCUCAAGUUCCUGUGGGUCCUCCAGCGCCUGCGAGUGGCCGAGUGGCUGAAAACUAAGACCUACAUUCACACAAACACACACCUACACAAAAACAAACACACACACAAAAAACUAUCUAUCUCUGAACCCCUUUUUGAUGGCCUUUGCUACUGGCUCGGUAUAUUUCCCUCAACACUCAAAACUACCAUCGAUUUUAUCGCAGGUCACACACACCCACAUACACACUCAGGGUCUCUCAUUGGCAAGGGUAACCCAAUUAUCCACACACACAUCCAGAAUUCCUCUCAGGGCACAGCGCAAGGGUCGUCCUAGUAACAAAUACUGUUUUCUGCUCUGUUGGGCCAGAUGGAGGUUGGAGAGAAUGGACUGUGUAUGGGAAACAAAACCAGAGAGAACAAUACAAAAAAAAAAAAAAUCAAAUCCCCCUCCCAUCUCUCUGUAAAACACACACCUCCUUAUGUCUGGUGCCUCUUUUUGCAAGCCAAACCCUAGGGGGAGCUAGUGAGAGCAGAAGGCCAGUCAGACAUGUAGGGGUGUGAGUGUGUGCUGAGCAACCUCAGUUAUAACACACACGCACCAGGCUCAGCAGGUUAUUCAGGUUAUGAUGAUUAUGAUUAAGUCUCUCACACGCACACACACACACACACACACGCACAGAGGGGACCCAGCCUGCUCUCGCUCUUGUCUUGUUGAGUAUCUACCUCUCGCCCCGCUUUAAAUGAUACACUGUAGUUCUGUGUGUGGGUGUGUGUGUCUGUCAAAUUGUGUGUUUUAUGGCCCUUCACGCGUCUGCCACCUCUGACCAAAGUUUGUGCCUCUUGUGUAAUCUUUGCUUUUCCAAUUGAGACUUUUGCAAUAAUGAGUUUAGAUACAGACGUGAGAUCUUUGGUCAAAAAAAGUACAAGUUGGACAAAUAAGGCAGGGUUAUGGAUAAAAAAACAACUAAAUUUGACAUGUUUUUUAAGACUUGUUAAUAGUUAUUAAAGGUUCUCUGUCUUGCCUCCAC